CUUGUACUCCCGUCUCUUGUACUCCCCUCUCCUUCGCUCGCUCUCUCUCUCUCUCUCUCUCUCCUGUUCACUCCAAAUGUCCAAAAAUCGCAAUCCCUACAUCAAUCAAGCCCCCAAUUUCACCCCACCCUUCUCGGAGAUUACGAGAAAAUGCAGCAGCGCGCCUCAAUUCCAGCGAUUGCUGAAUCCGCAAGGGUUUUCCAGACUCCAGGGAAAUUCUACUGCGUUGCUGUUGGAUUUCUGGUACUCUCCCUUUCAGUAGCUCUCGAUGUCGUCGUCGUCGUCGUUCACGCCGAAACCGCCCAAAACGACGCCAAAAUCCUCAAGGCAUUCGCCGACGGUUUAGAAAAUCCAGAGCUCCUGAAAUGGCCGGCGGCCGGCAGCGCCGACCCCUGCGGCCCCCCGUCCUGGCCCCACGUGUUCUGCUCCAACGGCAGAGUCACUCAGAUUCAAGUCCAGGGCCUCGGCCUCAAGGGGCCUCUCCCCCCCGACCUGAAUCGCCUCGACAAACUGUACAAUGUAGGGCUUCAGAACAACAAGUUCACCGGCGCCUUACCGACGUUCAGCGGCUUGUCCGAUCUCCAAUUUGCCUACCUCGAUUUCAACGAAUUCGACAUCAUCCCUGCCAAUUUCUUCGCAGGGCUCAGCAGCGUCCGCGUGCUGGCUCUGGACAGCAAUCCCUUCAACAAAAGCGCCGGCUGGUCGUUGCCGGACGACCUCGCCCAGUGCGCUCAGCUUGUCAAUUUUUCCUGCUCCAGCUGUAACCUAGUCGGCGCCGUGCCGGCGUUCUUCGGCACGCUGCCGUCGCUCGGUUCUCUGAGGUUGUCCUACAACAAACUCACCGGCAGUAUUCCUGCCACAUUCCGUGGAUCCAUGUUGCAGAUUUUGUGGUUGAAUGAUCAGGACGGGGAUAAGAUGACCGGCCCCAUUGACGCAAUUUCGUCGAUGGCCGGAUUAACACAGGUGUGGCUGCACGGGAAUCGAUUCUCCGGCACAAUCCCGGAGGACAUCGGGAGGUUAACUUCCUUAAGGGAGCUCAACCUUAAUGGUAAUCAGUUAGUCGGGAUGAUCCCGAUCAGCUUAGCUAGUAUGGAUCUUCGAUUAUUGGAUUUAAGCAACAAUAUGUUCAUGGGGUCGAUACCCAAGUUUAGAGCUGCAAAUGUAUCUUAUAAUUCGAACUCGUUUUGUCGGGACAAGCCUGGUUUGCAAUGUGCCCCGCAAGUUAUCGCCCUUUUGGAGUUUCUUCAUGGUUUAGGUUAUCCCGAAAGGCUUGCGUCGCAAUGGACGGGGAAUGAUCCCUGUGGCGGGCCGUGGUGGGGGAUCACUUGCAAUGUAAGGAACGAGGUUUCGAUAGUUAAUUUGCAGCGGGUCGGUCUGAACGGGACGGUUAGUCCAUGGCUUGCGAACUUGUCGUCGCUUGUGGAAGUUCAUUUGGAAGGAAACAACCUGCACGGCGUUGUCCCCGGAAAUCUAACUCAGCUGAGACUAUUGAGGUUGUUGAACUUAAGUGGGAACGACUUUGAUCCACCAUUGCCAAGAUUUCGUAGGGACGUUAAGGUUGUAACAGAUGGUAAUGCGAAAUUACAGGACAAGCCUACGCCUACACCUACACCUACACGAUCCCCACUGCAUCCAACCGGGAGACCUAACCUGCCCUCUAACAAUCCAUCAUCUGGCAAAAGUCGGAAGCCGUCGCCGGAUGGAACCUCGAGCCGUAAAUCGCCAUAUGCUGCAACGAAUCGGGAGAAUUCGACAAAUCCUAAAGUUGUGUACAUAGCUGCUGUCGCCGGGGGCUGCGCUGUGCUUGUUCUUCUAUUGCUUUUGUUGGGUUUGUAUUGUCUUCGAACGAGAGCCAAGAAAAGAUCGAAAUCUCCCCCGUCGAGUGUCGUGAUCUACCCGAAAGAUUCAUCCGAUCCUAGCAACAUAUUGAAGUACGCAGUCGCGGAUGGUGUAGAAUUCGACGAUCGAUCAACCACCAACAUGUCGGGGAGCAACAUUCACAUGAUCGACUCUGGGAACUUGCUUAUAUCCGUCCAGGUUCUCCGGAAGGUUACAAAGGAUUUUGCGCAAGAAAACGAGCUCGGGCGUGGCGGGUUUGGAGUCGUGUAUAAGGGCGAGCUCGAGGAUGGAGCAAAGCUAGCUGUCAAGAGAAUGGUAGUCGGCACCGUGACGAACAAAGCGUUGGAUGAAUUCCAAUCGGAGAUUGCCGUGCUUUCGAAGGUUCGCCACCGGAAUCUUGUCUCGCUUUUGGGUUACGCGGUCGAAGGAAACGAACGACUUUUGGUGUACGAGUAUAUGCCGCAGGGGGCGUUGAGCCGGCAUCUCUUCCAUUGGAGGAGCCAUGGGUUGGAACCGUUGUCGUGGACGAGAAGGAUCAAUGUCGCGCUCGACGUUGCUAGAGGAGUUGAGUAUCUUCACUCGUUGGCGCACCAGAGCUUUAUCCACCGUGAUUUGAAAUCAGCGAAUAUUCUCCUGGAUGAAGAUUUCCGAGCGAAGGUUUCCGACUUCGGGUUGGUGAAAUUGGCUCCGGAUCGGGAGAGAUCCGUCGCGACGCGGCUGGCGGGGACUUUUGGGUACUUAGCGCCCGAAUAUGCCGUGACGGGAAAAAUUACGACGAAGGUCGAUGUGUUCAGCUUCGGGGUUGUGCUGAUGGAGCUUCUGACGGGGCUCGUUGCGCUUGACGAGCAACGGCCGGAGGAGAAACGGUACUUGGCGGAGUGGUUCUGGCAGAUAAAAUCGAACGGGGAGUCGCUGAUUGCGUCGAUCGACCCGGCAUUGGCGGCGACGGAAGAGAACUACGAAACGAUUCAGACGAUAGCUACGCUGGCGGGGCAUUGCACGGCGCGAGAUCCGAACCACCGGCCGGAGAUGGGGCACGCGGUGAAUGUGCUGGGGCAGCUGGUGGAGAAGUGGCGGCCGUGCGAGGAGUCGGAGGAGUUUUCCGGGAUCGACCUGACGCUGCCGCUGCCGGAAAUGUUGAAGGGGUGGCAGGAGGAGGGUAGCCGGGAGAUGAGCGGCGCGAGCCAGGACAGCAAGGGGAGCAUCCCGGCUAAGCCGGCUGGGUUCGCUGAUUCGUUCACUUCAGCCGAUGCCCGCUGAGGAGCCGAGCCGAGCUGAGCUGAGGGGUAGUGAAGAAUACAACACAAGUGUGAUCAUAAAUAUAGAGAAAAGGUCUUUAUAAUAUGCAUAUAUAUAUAUAUUGUAUGUAUGUAUCCAUGUACUCAACUCGUCUCAUGGCGGUUAUUAUUACUCCUACUAUAUAUGUUUUACACUACUACUUGUAUAAUUUAUAUUAUAUAUACUGGACGCAGUGAAGUCAGACAAGUUUGCUGUAAUAUAUAAUAAAUUCACAAUAAAAUAAUACAAGGUCAAACCCUAAACCCGACCCGACCCACG